AUGUCAUCUGGCAAUUCAUGUACAGUUGAUUCAGUAUUUUAUGAUGAAACGACAUCACAAAAAAAUUUUGGACAAGAAUUAUUGAUACCAGAAACAGUUAAACUCGAUUUACUUCUUCAUACAAAAACAUUAGGAAAUAAUAUGAAAUCAUUUCUUACAUUAAUGAAUCAAAAUCAAAUAAGUGUAGAUGAACAAAAACAAGCCUAUGAAAAUAUUAAACAAAAUUAUGAUAAAUUAAUAAAAACAUUAGAACAAAAAAAACAAGAUGGCAUUCUUAAAGAUAUUGAUCUUGAUGUAGAUUUAAAUAAAGAAUUAGAAAUGAUGAAAAAAUUAUUAAAAGAAAUUGCUACACGAAUAACAGGAAAUCUCUAUGGUAAAUUAGCUAAUAAUUCAUCAUUGGAUCGACAUACACUUUUAACAUAUGAUGAUAGUCAUUCAAGUCCAUAUGAUCAAUCUUCUCUAUGUAAUCAUGAUGAUCUUAUGGAUCAAUAUCAAAAAUUAUUAAAUGCUGUUAAUACAGGAAAUAUCAAUCGAAACAAUUUUAUAAAACCUCUAAUAAAUAGAUUCGAAAUUGAUUCAACACAAUUGAAAACAACUAAUUCUCCUCGUGUAUCGACAUUAAGUUUACUCGAUGAUCAAAUAUCAAUAGAAGACAAACAAAAACCAUAUGUUUAUGUAUCUGGAGGUUCAGAAGACGAACAACAACAACAGCAAAGUAAAACUAUAUCACCUAUACCAUACAUGCAAGGUAUUGAAACAACAUCAUUAGAACUCAGUUAUAUACCAUCUACAUCUGUUGAACAUCAUCAAUAUAAAAUCGAACAAGAUCUACAUAUACAUGAUACUCCAAUAGUAACAAGAGAAAAAACUAGCGGGAAUAAACAAGAAUAUAAUCACUAUCAAAUCGAAGAAGAUUUACAUAUACACAAUACUCCAAUAGUAACAAAAGAAAAUAAUAGUGGAAAUAAACAAGAAUAUCAUCACUAUAAAAUCGAAGAAGAUCUACGUAUACAUGAUACUCCAAUAGUAACAAGAGAAAAGAACAGUGGAAAUAAACAAGAAUAUCAUAAACUUGAAAGUAUAUCAAAAAUUGAACAAAAAGAAAUUAUGAAUGAUAUGAAAUAUGAUAAGCAAGCAACUCCAUUAGUAGUACCUAAUGGUAUUCGAAAUUCAACGAUUUCAAGUAAGACAGCACGUGCUAAUGAUUGUGAUAGUGGAUUUAUAACAAAUAAUAUUACGAAGUUUACUUAUGAUAGUAAACAUUCUAUUAGUCCAACGAAUGAAAGUCAUGUACAAUCAUUAGAUGAAGGACAAGAAUCAAUUUCAUCAUCAUUACGUUCGAGUGGAUCUGAUUCGGGAGGCCGCUGUAGUAAAUAUAUCAGAAGAUUUCAUAGUUCAACAUUACAUCGAAAAAAGCCAAUUCAUCAAUCAGAUUCUUGUUUAUCUGAUAUUGGAACACAUAUGAUGGAUACAUUAGAUUCAUUUUCUCAAUCAUUAUCAAAUAAUAAAAAAUUACAACGUAAUCAUCAUGUAUGGAAACCACAAAAAACUUCAAGUCCACACCGUUCAUGUUUAUCUAUAUCUCACCGAGGAACAUCAUUUGGAAGUUUUGAUAUAGAAAAUUCUAAAAUUAAAUCUCAUCAUCCAUUAAUUGUAUCACGAGUUCAAUCAAAAAUAAAUACAAAUCAAAAUUUCGAUCAACAAAAAACGAUACCAACAACUCAUCGAAGUUCACUUCAUAUAAAUCAUACACAAGACAAAACCGAACCAGAUUUACCCAAUAAAUUUUAUUUUGAUAAACAAAAAGGCGUCAUUUAUCGAUAUGAAUCUAAUGAAAACCGAAAUCCAAUAAAAAGUGAUUAUCAAUUAUCUCCACAGAAGAAAAUCCAUCGAUGUGGUCAAUGUGGAAAUGUUACAUCAUAUCAUCAUCGUCGUCAUACUAAAUCCGUAUUACGACCGACUAAAACUCAAGUAGAUGAUCUUGGUUAUGAAAGUGGAUAUAUGAAACGAAGUCAAUCAUGUCGAUAUAUUGACUAUGUAUCAUCAUCCGAUAGUGAUUCCGAUCUAUGUCCAAAUUAUCUUCAAAUGAUUGCAUUAAAUGAAGCUUAUAAUCAAGCUGAAAAAGUUGAAAAUUGUUCACAACGUUUAUCAAGAUUUAUUACUCGACAACUUAAACUUGCUUUAACUCACAUUUAA